CAAAUGCCAGUGCGCAGGCGCUCCGUGAUUCGGAGCGAUUCAAACGGAGCGGCGGGUAGGAGAGUCGAGGAGCAUCGCGGCGGAAAGGCGAACAAAACAAACUUACGAAGCCAAGUGUUUUAACGAUGUCGAGCACUUUGAAAGGCAUAACGCUGAAGGGUAGUGCCGAGCUCGUCGCCGAGUUCUUCUCUUUUGGAAUCAACAGCAUUUUAUACCAGAGAGGCAUCUAUCCCCCAGAGACAUUCACUCGAGUGACCCAGUAUGACAUGAGCUUGUACCUCACUGUGGACCCCAAGCUGAAGACCUACCUCAACAGUGUGGUUUCUCAGCUGAAAGAGUGGCUCUUUGACUGCACUGUGCAGAAGCUGGUGGUGGUCAUCUCGUGCCUGGAGACGAACGAGGUGCUUGAGCGGUGGCAGUUUGACAUAGAGUGCGACAAGAGUGCCAAGGAGAGCAGUGCUCCUAGAGAGAAGUCCAUCAAAUCAAUCCAAGAGGAGAUCCGUUCAGUCAUCAGGCAGAUUACUGCUACGGUGACCUUCUUGCCCUUACUGGAGACUGCUUGUGCAUUUGACCUCCUGGUCUACACAGACAAGGAUUUGGUAGUGCCAGAGAAGUGGGAGGAGUCUGGACCCCAGAUGAUCAUUGACUCGGAGGAGGUGCGUCUGCGUUCCUUCACCACGACCAUCCACAAGGUGAACAGCAUGGUGGCCUACAAGAGGACUGACUGUAUCUAGCUCUCCAUGUGUUCCAGAGCUGUGUACGUACCUGUUCCUUUGGCCCCCUGUCCUUGUUUCUGUUUUCCACCUUUCUCCCUUCCACAGAGUGUACUGUGGGUGUUUCAACACUCUACUUGCUGUAAAUAGUGUCUGUGGUGCCUUGAGCCUUAUUCUUUGGUUCUGGAGAACCUGUUGUCCUGGGAGAAAAAAACUGUUUUAGAAGCUUGUUCCUCUUGUUUUUUUAAAAAACCCAAAUUAAAGAGAUUUGUCUCAUUUUUUCCCCUCCCUCUUUUUCUU